AUGAAGUGUCGUGCUCAAGAACCAAGCGCUCAAUCGCUGCUCGAAUUCAUGGACGUGGCUUCGGACGCUGUCAAAUGUGCGCUGAAGAAACCAGCAACUUUCAAACGAAAUAUCAACCAUCGUCGGUAUUUACAGAGACAGGUCAAAACUGUUGUAAGAAGCAGACGGAAUCCGAGGAAAAUAAACCCAUGUGAUUUGAAAGAAGAUGUACAGGAUUUAGUUCGAGAAGCAAUCAAGGAACUUAAAUAUUCACAAUGCUAUGCCAACGCUUUGGGAGCAUUUGGACAAAGAGGCCCAUCCCCUCAACACAUCCAGAAUGGCUCACCCCCACACCAAAUUCACAACAAUUUCCAGAGUCCCAGAAAGCUUGAUCCCACUUAUCGUCUAACCCACCUCCCUCUAUCAAGGCCCGCAACCCACCAAAUUUAUGUCCCCCCUUUGCCACAAAGCAAUACUAGCCUAUGUUCCAAUUCUUAUUCAUACCCCGAUGUUAACCUCGGCUCGGAAGAUGAGUGCUUUUGCCUAAACUCCAAUGCGGAAGACGAAUGUUUCAUGUCUGGCGAAGAACUGACAAACAAUAUAGACAUUAAUGACUUGUAUAUACCGGAACUACAUGAACCUCGAAGCCCUGUUGUAAAGUGCGAAGAUUACAUUGUGGAGAAUGAUUUGGAAAUACCAAGCCCAAUGUACGAUGAAGAAUCGAGCUUACAUUUUCACUUUGAUCCCAAUCUUGGAAAUUUAGAUCAAUUUCUUUAA